AUGACAUUGAUCCAACCAAGAUCAAUUCCAAACCACAGUCAGCCAAAAAAUGAAAUCGACCUCAUCCAAGCUCCUGCCCAGCCCACAGCCGGAAUUUCCCAAUGGCACACACCCGACACAGACAAUUCGGGUGUAGAUCUCACGGCAACCACUACAGAGUCGUCACAAGACUCUUUAGAAUCUGCCGGUAAAAGUAAUCUCUCCUUCAUUCUUAAAAGCCCGCAUCAUGUCGAGUUCGCGCAACGGCCUGUACCCAAGAUUUCAACGCCACACGAGGUCCUCAUAGCUGUCAACUACACAGGUAUCUGCGGAUCCGACAUACACUACUGGGAGCAUGGUAGAAUCGGCCACUUUAAAGUCAAAGACCCUAUGGUAUUAGGUCACGAAUCUGCCGGCACAGUUAUUCGCGUCGGAAGCGCCGUAAAGUCGCUUGCGGCCGGCGACAAGGUCGCGAUUGAGCCAGGCUAUCCUUGCCGACGCUGUGAUGAGUGCCUGGCCGGCCGGUAUAAUCUCUGCCCAGACAUUAUUUUUGCGGCAACGCCUCCCAACGACGGCACCCUUGCGGGCUUUUGGGUUGCCCCCUGUGACUUCUGCUACAAGCUUCCCGACCACGUCUCGCUCCCGGAGGGCGCCAUAAUCGAGCCUCUCGCGGUCGCUGUGCACAUCGUCAAACAAGCCCACAUUUCGCCUGGCGCCAGUGUUGUAGUCAUGGGCGCCGGUCCAGUCGGCCUUCUUUGCGCGGCUGUUGCAAGAUGUUUCGGUGCUUUCAAGGUGGUCAGCGUUGAUAUCAUCCAGGCGAAGCUGAAUUUUGCCAAGACCAUGGGGUCUACGCACACAUACCUGUCUCAAAGGAUAUCAGCAGAGGAAAAUGCAAAGUCAUUGAUAGAUCAGUGCAGUCUUGGGAACGGUGCGGAUGUGGUCAUUGAUGCGAGCGGCGCGGAGGCUUCAAUACAGGCUAGUUUACAUGUUGUGAAGGUGGGCGGGACUUUUAUUCAGGGAGGCAUGGGCAAGUCGGAUAUUACGUUUCCUAUUAUGGAGAUGUGCCAGAAGGAGGUCACGGCGCGAGGAAGCUUCCGGUACGGACCUGGAGACUUUAAGCUUGCCGUUGAGUUGGUGUCGAAUGGGAGUGUGGACGUACAGAGGCUCAUCACGGGCGUGGUGCCCUUUAAGCAAGCGGAGGAGGCUUUUCAUAAGGCAAAGUCGGGCGAGACUGUCAAAAUGUUGAUUGCGGGCCCUAAUGAAGCAGAACAUAUCUAG